AUGUGGCAACCCAGGCGGCAUCCAGGAAUGGAGAGGCUGAAGGCAACAGUGAAUGGCACCUCAGAAAAAGCAGUUUGCCCCCUGGUAGAGAGCUAUAAGCACAUUUUACUACCCUUUGCCUACAGCUGUGUGUUUGUGCUGGGGCUGCUCCUAAACGGUGCCAUGCUAUGGCUGUGUUGCCGCACUAAAGAGUGGACCUGCACCACCAUCUACCUGGUGAACUUGGCAGUGGCUGAUCUCCUCUACCUCUGCUCUCUGCCUCUGCUUAUCACUAGUUAUAGCAUGCAGGAUACAUGGCCCUUUGGAGAGUUCCUCUGCAAAAUGGUGCGUUUCUUGUUUUAUUGCAACCUCUAUGGUAGCAUCUGGGUGUUAACUUGCAUCAGCAUCCAUCGCUUUCUGGGAGUUUGCUACCCCAUCCGUUCACUGCCUUACAGGACCAGGAGACUGGCUGCCAUUGGCACUGCUGUGUGCUGGGUACUGGUAUUUCUACAACUCUUCCCCACUUUAAUCUAUGCUCGCACUGGUACCAUCAAUAACCACACAGUCUGCUUUGACAUGACUAGCCCCGACAACUUUGGCAACUAUUACUCCUACGGCAUGGCUCUCACUGCAUCUGGUUUUGUCCUCCCCUUUGUCAUCAUUUUAAUCUGCUACUGUUUGAUGAUCAGAAGCCUGAUUCAAAACACUGGGGAAACCAACCCCCUUCCCAGUGCUGUUCGAGCUAAAUCAAUCCAAACUAUCCUGCUCGUGUGCGGUCUUUUUGCAGUUUGCUUACUUCCAUUCCAUGUUACUCGUGCUGCCUACCUUUUCAGCCGUGUCUAUCGAGUGACAGACUGCCGCCUCUUACAAAGCAUCAGCUUAUCCUAUAAGAUCUGGAGGCCACUGGUGAGUCUCAACAGCUGCUUUAACCCACUCCUGUAUUUUCUUUCUGGUCAAACUAACAGAGCCAGACUCAUUCUGGAACUGAGGCUACAUAAAGGGGAUCGCCUUCCCAAGCAAGCUGUGAAAGCAAAGGGGACAGGUGCACCUCAUGGGACUACUCCUUCAGGUAUGGGAGCAAAGCCUGGAGAAAGUAACCUCCAAUAA